AAUGGUUAAGCCGCCGACACUUCUUUAUAAAGUCCUUUUAACUCACUAGCAUUUGCCCCAAACCCUCGCCGUCUUACUUCUCUCCUCUUCUUUAUCGAUCCCAAGCCUCUAUGGCUUCAUCGGUAUUGGCCGCCAUUAUCAACUUCCUCUUCUUCCUCCUCCUUCUAUCUCCAUCCCUUUCCUUGGCCCCACCAACCUCCUCCUUAUCCACCCGGCAUCCGCCGCCGCCGCCAGCGAUCAAAUCUACGCCUCCCUCCCCCGCCAACAGCAUCUCCACCGGUUUUCUCUCCAUACUACACUCCACCUUGAACCAAAUCCAGCAGGUGAGCACCAUCGUCUCCACCUUCUCAGGCACCUUCGGCGGAGACCUCCGCCUCUCCUCCGCCAUCUCCGACUGCCUCGACCUCCUCGACUUCUCCUCCGACGAGCUGUCAUGGUCCCUCUCCUCGUCUGGCGCAGCCACCACCGCUGCCGUCAACUUCGGAACCGGCGACCACCGUGUCGACCUCCGAUCCUGGCUCUCCGCCGCGCUUGGAAACCAAGACACGUGCAAGGAGAGCCUCUCCUCCACCGGAAGCGUCCUCGCUUCCCUUGCCUCCUCCGGCCUCGACACCAUUACCUCUCUUUUAUCACAAGGAAUCCGGCAGCUUCCCGCCGGCGGCGGCAGCGGGAGGAGGUUGGUGGAAGGUUUUCCUAAGUGGAUGGCCGUGGCGGACCGGCGGCUGUUGCAGGCGGCCGCGGUGGCGGUCGAUGUUACGGUGGCGAAGGAUGGCAGUGGAAACUUCACGACAGUCAAUGCAGCGGUGCAGGCGGCGCCUGCGGAGAGCGGACGGCGGUUUGUGAUUUAUGUGAAGCGGGGUGUUUAUGUGGAGAAUGUGGAGAUUAAGAAGAAGAAGUGGAAUUUGAUGCUUGUCGGUGACGGAAUGAACGAAACCGUUAUUUCCGGCAGCCGGAAUUUCGUUGAUGGUUGGACUACGUUUCGGUCUGCUACUUUCGCCGUCGCCGGAAAAGGCUUCAUUGCCCGCGAUAUAACGUUCGAGAACACCGCCGGACCAUCCAAACACCAAGCCGUAGCUCUCCGAUCUGACUCCGACCUCUCCGUCUUCUACCGCUGCGGCAUCCGCGGCUACCAAGACACCCUCUACGCCCACUCUCUCCGCCAAUUCUACCGCGACUGCCGCAUCUCAGGCACCGUCGACUUCAUCUUCGGCAACGCUGCCGCCGUCUUACAGAACUGCCAGAUUUUCUCCCGCCUUCCUCUCCCCGACCAAAAAAAUACCGUCACCGCUCAAGGCCGCAAAGACCCCAACCAGAACACCGGAUUUGUUCUCCAGUUCUGUAACAUAACUGCUGACGCUGAUCUGGCGGCCAGCGGCAACAGUAGCGGCACCCAGACUUAUCUGGGCCGGCCGUGGAAGGAAUAUUCUCAGACCGCUAUCUUGCAGUCGUAUAUUGGCGGUUCGAUUCGGCCGGAGGGGUGGUUGCCGUGGAAUGGUGAUUUUGCGUUGAGCACGCUGAAUUACGCGGAGUAUAUGAAUUUUGGACCGGGUUCGGGAGUUGCGGGGCGAGUCAAGUGGCCGGGUUACCAUGUUAUAACUAGUUCGGCUCAGGCUGCCAAUUUUACGGUGUCGCAGUUCAUUGAAGGGAACUUGUGGCUGCCGUCGACCGGGGUUAAGUAUACCGCCGGUCUAGUGGUAUAGGUUGAAUAGUGUAUUUUGAAGGCAAGUAGUUAAUUUGGAAAAAAAUAUUUGAUUAAAAAUGUAUCAAAAUAUGCUUCAAGUUUUUGUAUUAAAAAUUUGUUUUAAAAAGUUUUUGUAUAAUAUGUUUUUACGAAUCAAAUAGUUGUUGCUUCUCC